CUGUAUAAAUACCCCGCGGCCUCGCCGAGCCGGCCAUCCUCUCUCCUCCUCCCAGUCGCUGUCACGCGCUUCGUGCUCGCCGCCUUCCACCUUCGUGCUACCCCCCGCCAUGGCUUCCUCCCUCGCCGGAUCCGCCCUCUCCUUCGCCACCCCCGUCAAGGCAGUCAAGACUAAUUCGAUAUCUUUCACCAGCGCAAGGAAGGGAAAUGCAUUUCUCCGCCUGCAGCCAGUGCCUAUGAGAUUUGCUGUUUGCUGUGCCGCAAAAAAGGAGACAGUGGAGAAGGUUUGUGACAUUGUUAAGAAGCAACUCGCUGUUCCUGAGGGCACUGAAGUUUCUGGUGCAUCCAAGUUCUCAGAUCUUGGUGCUGAUUCACUGGACACGGUUGAGAUUGUGAUGGGUCUCGAGGAGGAGUUCCACAUCAGCGUCGAAGAGUCAAGUGCGCAGUCAAUUGCAACGGUUGAAGAUGCCGCUGCACUCAUCGACAAGCUUGUUGAGCAGAAAUCUGCUGAAGCGAAAUCAUCUUGAUAUGCACAAAUCACAAUGUUGAAGCUCGUAAACUAGCUCUACUUCUACCUUGGGCCAGCCCUUGUUGUUUUAAGAUUGUAUCCUUAUCGCCUUUUUUUUUUAUGACUUGAUGGUUUGGUGUUCUCAAGAUUAUUGCCCUCUGUGCCGUAAUAAUACUAAUUAAAGUAUUUAGGCCCUCUUUCUUUUA